AUUAGUUUUAGAGCAGGUUUAAAAUUUCCGCCAACCACCUUAUGGCCAACCAGGCAACCAAUCUGAAAUCAUAAACAGACAGCCUGAGAUCACAAGCACCAUUCACAACAUUCGAAUGUCCUGUGAUGGAACGAAACCUACUGGAACACCUAAAGGCGGUCAAACAUUAUUUAUGAAGCACAAAGAUCAGCUCGAUUUAUAGAUUACAUUAUACACGUAUAUAUAGUCGUUUAAACGAAAGACGAAAGGUAACAUCCAUCAAUACUAAUAUCAACAAAAACAGUACUUUUACAUACUGUGGCGUGUUCUCCUAAGUAAUAUGUUUACAAUACACAUAAUGAGGUGCCUUAACUUGAACCCAAUCUUUUCUUAGAUGUAAGUAUGGAUAGUUAGCUCUGUAGACUUCUCUAUAUACGGUUUGAAAAAAUUGCGGUGCUUCGCUAUGACAUGAUUCAACAGUGUAAUGUCUAAUUAAGUUUUCAAUCACAUACAGCAUAGACGUUUACCUAUGAGACAAAUGAGUGAAUCCUUUCAGAUUAUUAGUGUUGUAAUUGUAUUCAUAGACUUACAAAAUGCCAAAUAAUGGAAAACUAAUCAUGUAUGCUGAAAAGCAUUACUCAUCAAUCCACCUUGUCCUUUCGAUCAAGCUGGGGCCGUUGUAUACACGCAAUCCCGGUAAAAAUAUCUUCAUUUUAUAUUGCCUUAACAUUGUUUAUCAGUUUGUUGCCCGUCAUCCGUCGCCAAAAUUACUCGAGAUGAGGCCUAUUGGAAUCAAUUCAAUCUGUUGCAUAUUUAACUCUAUAGCUGUUUUCCUUUCACUCCAUAUUUUGCCUUAUACAAAAUGGGCAGUACCACUUUUGGCAUUAUGUAUUAUCACUUAUCGUCCUGUUUUUCUUUCGCUUUCCCUUUACCGCUCAGAGUUCACUGUUUAACGAAGCCAAAAUCGACGAUAACGACGGGUAGGGCUCUUUUUUUCAAAAGCAAGGCAAAGCUGGAUGAGUGCGAAGAGAGUAUGCGCAUUCGGAUAACCCUACACCAUUAUCUCUCUAGUCGUAUAAAAAGCAGCGACGGCUGCCAACGCUUUUGCGUUCUAGCACAAACACAACAGGAUCGGUCGUAAUAACGAAAUAUUGCCGUUACGGAGAGUGAAACAAGCUACACACAUACAAGCAACGUUAACGGGUAGAAAAGAACGUACGGAGCACGGGACAAUGGAUAACCUUGCUUUUGGGACUAAACCAGCUCGAACGCGAAGCUUACCACGAAAGACUACAUUGUGCACGUGGCGAGAAAAGCAACAUGCUUUGAAGUACCGAUGCGUUAUUAAGCCGUGAAGGAUCACCGACGGUAUUGCGUGUACAAUCCAGAACAUUAACCAGAUUCGUCGCGUUAGGAGCAUUACAAAUCGCUAGUCAACAAAAAAAGAACGUGCGUACCACUAACGAUCUGAGGAUUGUCUCAAACCUUAACUUACGAGACCAGUGUCCGAGUACUUGGAUAAAUCCGCCGUCUACGUUUCCAUAUAACCCCACCCUUUGUGGUUGUAAUCUUUGUGGUAAGUUCUCAUGGCACACCCUACGCCAUCAGACCCUCCCAAUGGCAACACUCUUAGUCCCUACUACCAAGUGGUUUCAGCCGCAAUCGACCUGGUAGCAGGCACAGCAGGUGGGACAGCUAACGUGCUCGUCGGACAACCACUGGACACGGUCAAGGUGAAGAUGCAAGCAUUUCCGAAACUGUACCCGUCAACAAUCCAAUGUUUCGCUAAGACGCUACAACAAGAUGGCGUGUUUCGUGGUCUAUAUGCUGGCACUCUGCCUGCUCUAGUUGCAAAUGUGGCAGAAAAUUCUGUACUUUUUUGUGCCUACGGAGUGUGUCAGCAGUUCGUACAAAAGAUUGUCAACAAGCCUAAAGCGACAGACCUUUCUCCGCUGGAGAAUGCCUCCGCAGGUUUCUUCGCUGCUUUUUUUUCCUCGGUUACAUUAUGUCCAACCGAAUUGGUUAAAUGUCGUCUUCAAGCUAUGCGAGAAUCGAGUCAGACUACGGGAAUUUCAGCCUUUCAGCUAACAAAAAACAUCUGGCAUCAAGACGGCCUACCAGGAUUCUUCGUAGGACUUACGCCAACGUUCGCUAGAGAAAUGCCCGGUUAUUUUUUUUUCUUUGGAGGUUAUGAACUAACGAGGACAUUUUUAGCGCCAAAAGGCGAAACAAAAGAUGACAUUGGACCAGUGAAAACCAUCAUUGCAGGAGGUGUCGGUGGUACAUGUUUGUGGGUAUCGAUCUUUCCCGCGGAUGUGAUUAAAUCACGCAUGCAAAUCUCUCACGAGGCGAAACUAGGCGCGUUCGGGGUAAUGAAAAACCUUAUUCACCGGGAGGGACUGUUGGCUUUAUACAAUGGUCUAAUUCCUACCGUCUUAAGGACUUUCCCUUCUACGGGCGCACUCUUUCUUGCGUACGAAUAUACCCGCAAAACCCUAAAUUCUGUAUUUUUAGAUCGCUAGAGAUAACGAGGCCUACCCUAUAUCUCACCUGACACACAAAACGUUUGGUGAUACAAAAAACAUGGGUUCGUCACACGCGCAACGCAAUUACUUAAAAUCAUUAGAAAAGCAUUAUUCAUUACCUAAUGAUGGAUGGCCAAGGGCCAAUAGUAUUGAUAACUUCUGUAUUCUAUAUUAUUAUAUAAUGGCAAAAAUAGAACAUGAAUUUCAUUUGAAAAUGUUACAUUUUAGCGAUGAAC